ACAAAAUAAUGAAACAAUUUUUGUCAAGAAUGGAGUGGCCUAGUUUUGUGAAAGCUUUGCUGUGGGGUUUACUUGUGUUUCUUCAAUUUCAUCAGCACAGAGGCUGCUUCCAUGAAGAGAGGAUUGCUCUGCUUGAGCUGAAGGCGUUUCUGAAAUCCAAUAUUAUUCAUGCAGAUGUUCUUCCCUCAUGGAUGGACGACGCAAAGAGUGAUUGUUGUAGUUGGGAGAGGGUCACGUGCAACUCCACCAACUCUCACGUCAUCAACCUUUCCCUCUACAACUUAAACCAUGAUCCUUAUUACUAUGAAAAUCGUGAUCACCAUGAAUAUAGUUAUUAUGAGAACCGUUGGUUGCUAAACGUGUCAAUGUUGGUGCCAUUGAAGGAGCUAAAAAGUCUUAAUCUAUCCGCCAAUUCAAUUGGUGGUUGCCUACCAAAUGAAGGAUUUGAGAAGAUGUCGAGCUUAAGGAAUCUGAGAAUUUUAGACCUUGGUUAUAACUACUUCGAUAAUAAUAGUAUUCUACAGUCUUUGGGUGCAGUGACAUCGCUUGAAACUUUGAUUCUUACUCAGAAUAAGUUGCAAGGAUACUUUCCUGCUCAAGAGUUAAUUGCAUUGAGAAACUUGAACAAGCUAGAUAUAAGCUGGAAUUACUAUAAUGGUUCCCUACCACUGCAAGGUUUUGAAAGGCUAGCACUACUUCCAAAGUUGGAGAUAUUGAACCUUGGUUCUAAUUCCUUUGAUUGGAGCAUUAUACCAUCUCUAAGUGGACUUGCGUCUCUUAACACAUUGAGUCUUGGAGGAAAUCAUUUGGGAAGGUGCAAUACAACUACAGGUUUUGAAAGCUUGUCAAGAUUGGCGAACCUGGAGACCUUAGAUCUUAGUGACAACUAUUUAAACAGAAGCAUCAUAGAAUCAUUGCCUGCAAUCAAAUCCCUUAAGAAUCUGAAUCUUCAAUGGAACGAAAUAAGAGGAUCUUUUCCAAUCAAAGGAAUAUCGGCUUUUGAAAACUUGGAGAAGUUGGAUUUAAGUCAUAAUUGGCUCAAUAGCUCUCUGAGAAUCCAAGGUUCGGAAAGCUUGUCAAGAUUGGAGAAUUUAGAAACCUUAUAUCUUAGUUUCAACCAUUUCGACAAAAGCAUCAUUGAAUCAUUGAGCGCAGUCAAAUCCCUUAAGAAUUUGAAUCUUGCUUCGAAUUAUAUGGAAGGAUCCUUUCCUGCCAAAGAAUUAUCAGCGUUUGAAAACUUGGAGAAGUUGGAUUUAGGUGGUAAUGGGCUCAAUAGCUCCCUGACAAUCCAAGGUAAUGAGAGGGAGAGACACACACUCAAGUUUUAA